GGAGGGGGUGGGGGGAGAAGACAGCGGAGCAGCAAGAGGGAGGAGAGGCUGAAAACGGCAACGGGAACCGAAGCGCUAAGGCCACAGUCACCGCAGCUAACACCACCCCGGGCGCCCCCGCCACCGCCAUGGGAACUCCGCAUCAGCCGCUCCGACCGCCGCUCCAUCAGUGGGCCAUGUCGUGAUCCGUGGGCUCCUCCGGCGGGUUUUUCAUCCGUGAUCCGACAGGAGGGAGGAGAGGAAGGAGGAGAAGGAAGAGGAGCCGGGAGUGAAGAAAGGUGGUGGUGGUGGCAGGGAAGAUGUUCGCCUCGGUGGGCCCUCGGGGCGGCCCGCGCCCACCCGCCGCUCCGGCCAUCCCGGAGCCGGACCUCAGCCAUCUGACGGCGGAGGAGAGGGACAUCAUCAUGUCUGUGCUGGCUCGGCAGCGGGCGGAGGAAGCCAAGGAUGAGGCCAUGUUAAAAGAGGAGAAGCCGAUUCAAGCGAGGACAGUGAACCUGGUCGGACAGAGGAAGCCUCCACCGCAAAAUGACGUCCGAGGUAUCCAGCAGCAGCUCACCAGCUACCGGGACACCGUGAUCCGGCAGGCCACCGCGGCGGCGGGGUCAGCCGUUCAUCGGGACGACGCGCCAACCUGCGGCAUCUGCCACAAGACCAAGUUUGCGGAUGGUUGCGGGAACCUGUGUUCGUACUGCCAGACCAAGUUCUGCGCUCGCUGUGGGGGAAGAGUGUCUCUGCGGUCCAACACGGAGGACAAAGUGGUGAUAUGGGUGUGCAAUAACUGCAGAAAGCAGCAGGAGAUCCUCACCAAGCCAGGCGACUGGUUCACUGGUCCCCCAGGGAAACCCUCCGGUCUCGGUUCUGCUGUCAGCGAGCCGUCUGUGUGCCAAGUGUCUCUGGAUAAGCUGCGAUCUCGCUCCCAAGCGCCCACAGGCUCGACGGGGACAAUCCAAGACCGAGCGAGUACGCUGGGGACCGCGCCGGGGACAGACGCUCGGUCACUUAGUGAGCCACCUCAGGACAGGAGAAAUGGCCGUGGAGGCAGUGGGACGGGUCGGGGGGAGCGGCGGUCAGGCCAUCCGAGGCUGCAGACCCAAGUCUCCAUGGACCGGGACCUUCGAGGGGAACGCAAGGAAGGCUGGCAGCUGUCGAAGGGGCGGUCUCUGGAGCACGACCCCGUGGGAGGAGGCGCCAGCGUUAGAAGGACAGAGGAGGGGGGUUAUCAGCAGGUGGGCAACAGCGGGGGUUCCCUUCGACAGGCGGAGCCUUUCCCUUCAGGAGGCCGGGGUCAGGCUGUGCCGGGUCGAGGCACGGGGAGCGCGACAGGCGAGGUCGGGGACACGACUCGACCUGGACAGAGGACGGCGGGCGGGGCACCGGCCGUUUCACAGAAAGCCCCUCCUCCUGAACUCAGAGUACCUUCAGUUUUGGGACCCGAAACGGGUCUCGGCCCGGGCGCCGGGGUGAAACGGACCAAGCGGGACAAGGCUGAAAGCAUGCUGCGCAAUGAUUCGCUAAGCUCCGACCAGUCCGAAUCUUUGCGGCCGCCUCCGCCACGGCCCUACAAGUCCAAACGAGGGCUGGGGGCCGGGGGGAAGAGACAAACUUCUGUCAGCAGUUCGGAGGAGGAAGGUGGAACUACGCCAGAGUACAGCAGCUGCGACGACGCCGAGAUCGAAAGCAUAAGCGAGAGAGGAGACUGGGAGUGCAAUCCACAUGACCCCACAGGGUGGCAUCAUCCUGUCACCUGGCAGCCGUCCAAAGAGGGAGACCAUCUGAUUGGACGAAUCACCCUCAGCAAGAGAAGUGCCACCAUGCCUAAGGAGGCUGGGGCUUUGCUCGGGCUAAAGGUGGUGGGAGGGAGGGUCACUGAGUCAGGGAGAUUAGGUGCCUUCAUCACCAAAGUCAAGAAGGGCAGCCUGGCCGACGUGGUGGGACAUCUCCGAGCAGGGGAUGAAGUUUUGCAGUGGAACGGAAAGCUGUUGCCAGGGGCGACCAUGAAGGAAGUUUAUAACAUCAUCCUGGAGUCUCAAGCCGAACCUCAGGUGGAGCUGGUGGUGUCCAGGCCUAUUGGGGUUUAUAGAAAAUAUCAUGAUAUCCCAAGAAUCCCCGACACGUCCCACCCUCCAUUAGAAUCCACAGGUUCCAGUUCUUUUGAGUCCCAGAAGAUGGAGAGACCAUCUUUAAAUGUCCUGUCUCCCUCCAGUCCUGGGAUGCUCCGAGAUGCUCCUCAGCUGAUGCCAGGGCAGCUAUCGGUGAAGCUGUGGUACGACAAAGUAGGUCACCAGCUAAUAGUCAACGUGCUGCAGGCUGCGGAGCUUCCUCUUCGGCCCGACGGACGCCCCAGGAGUUCAUAUGUAAAGAUGUACUUCCUCCCUGACCGCAGUGACAAAAGCAAACGAAGGACGAAAACAAUGAAGAAGACCUGCGAGCCCAAGUGGAACCAGACAUUCGUCUACACACACGUCCAUCGCAGGGAUUUCCGCAACCACAUGCUGGAGCUGACGGUGUGGGACCAACCCAGGUCACCUGAGGAGGACAGCACCUUUAUGGGAGAGAUCUUGAUUGAGCUGGAGACGGCCUUACUUGACGACAAGCCUCACUGGUAUCCCCUCCAAACCCACGACGUCUCAUCGAUCCCACUCCCCCGGCCGUCCCCCUUCCUGCCCCGACGACACACAGACGCACCUGGCAAGAAGCUGCAGCGUUCUCAGCGUGUAACAGAGCCUGAGUUUGAUGAGCAUACAGCAGUAGUCUCUAAAGCAGCAGACGGACGUGGCAGAGAGAGGCAACGGGAGCCCUCGUCUACCCUGGAGGUUCCUGAUCAGCAGCGGACACCUUCCCAUCACAUCCGCUCCCGCUCCGUGUCCCCGCACCGCGAGGAGCAGGGGCGCACCAUCCGCUCCCGAGCCCCCAACGUCCCCACCCAGAGGAGUUUGGACGACGAGCUUCCUCACUCUCGCCGCUCCCGUUCUCCAAACCGCUACGGCGACAACUCCAGAGGCCGCCAUCAGGGGGAAGAGUACCUGGACGACAGUGAGGUCAUCUUGAUCCACCAAUCAAUGCGAGGCAAAAGUGCCGAGUGCCUGCACACGAGUGAUCUCCAGCCAUCUCUGGACAGGGUUAAGAGUGCUAGCGCCAACUGUCUCACUCCAGACAAUCAUGCCCCCUCACCAGAGACUGAAAGAAAAUCUUUCUCCCAAUCCCUGCCUCGAAGACGUCCAGCGAGUCCCAGGAUUCUUAUCCAACAUGCUUCCCCUGAGGAUGACAGAAUAUGGAUGCUACUUCCCUCUCAAGAGACUUUCAUUCAGCUCAGUACAAAGAAGAGGCAGCCUCGGACCCUAGAAGCCCCUGAAUGUCAGACUCUUGGCGGGAGGCGGUCUGACAGCGGCAGGGGCCAUUUGCACGGUGGUGCAUCUCUUUCCUCGGCGGCGGCGGCGGCCUCGGCGGCACGGAGAGUGAGGCAGCUCCCACAGCUUCCACCCCAGAGCAGCUCUGUAGAACAAGCCCUGGUAGCAGAGGAGCGUGUUCGUCAGCUCCAGAUGAGGGUUCAUUCUAACCGGGUUUCAUCUGCCACCACCUCCAGCCAACAGGACCUGGACCGAGCCCUCAAGAACAAACGAGAGCUCUACAAGGACCAGAGGAGGAGCAGUGAAAAUGUAUCCCAUAAGUCCUCAGACAGUGAUGUCAGUGACGUGUCAGCCAUCUCUCGAACCAGCAGUGCCUCUCGCAUCAGUAGCACCAGCUACAUGUCCAUCCAGUCAGAGAGACCCCGGGGACGUUUCAGUCGAGCUAUUCGUGCGUCGGGCCGCCACAUGCUGAAGAGCACCAGCGUGAGCGGUGAGAUCUACGGCAUGGAGCACGCCGACGGCAGCCAGUCGGACACGGCCCUCGGGAGUCUGGGCAGCGGGAUCAAGAAACGGCGCUCCAGUCUGAGCCAGCGGGUCGUCGCCAUCCUGCCGUCGAGACGAAGCCGGAGUACCUCACAGCUCAGCCCCACAGAGGCGGCGGGUAAGGCGGCGGACAGACAGAAAGAGGCGCCGACGGGGAAGAAGGUCAGCAAGGCGGGCAGCAGCACCAUCCAGAGGAGCGUGGAGACUGGGAUGGCGGUGGAGUUUCCCCGAGGAGGAUCAGCCAUGAACCGCCAGGCCAGCAGGGAGUCCACUGAUGGCAGCAUGAACAGCUACAGCUCUGAGGGGAAUUUGAUCUUCUCAGGGAUGCGAUUGGGAGCCGACAGCCAGUUCAGCGACUUCCUGGACGGAUUGGGUCCCGGUCAGCUGGUUGGCCGCCAAACGCUGGCAACGCCUGCCAUGGGUGAUGUUCAGAUCGGGUUGAUGGAUAAGAAAGGUCAGCUGGAGGUCGAGGUGAUCAGGGCGCGAGGCCUUACCUCUAAACCAGGCUCCAAAUCCCUCCCAGCUCCUUACGUCAAGGUCUACCUGCUGGAAAACGGAACAUGUAAAGCCAAAAAGAAAACCAAGAUUGCACGCAAGACCCUGGAGCCGCUCUACCAGCAGCACUUGCUCUUUGAAGAAAGUCCUCAGGGCAAAGUGCUUCAGGUGAUAGUGUGGGGCGACUACGGACGAUUGGACCACAAAUGUUUCAUGGGUGUAGCACAGAUCCUGCUGGAGGAGCUGGACCUCUCAAGCACGGUGAUUGGCUGGUACAAACUGUUUCCACCGUCCUCACUGGUGGACCCCACAUUAGCUCCGCUCACGCGGCUGGCGUCUCAGACGUCGCUGGACUCAGGACCACCGCCCGGCGUUCGGUCCUAGUGACCGAGUGGCGAACGCUCACCCCAAAACAGCCCUGACACGAUCAGAGAAUGGACCACAGCUGCUGGACCACGCCUGAGCAGAGGGCGCAGACGCAGCCCGAGUACGCCACCGAGGAGACGCCCUCGGGGGAAUCAACGAGAAACCAGACGGAGAGCCAGGGAACAAGAGAGAGAAACGAGAGAGGGAGAGACAGAACUAGCCAAUCAAAUGCUUAGCUGGAGUCUGACAAUCACGUCUCACACCUUCCCUCUUCCUCCUCCUCCUUCCAUCUUUUGUUUUCAGCGUCUUUGCCUUCUUUGUUUUCUUCUCUGAGCUGCAGCUGUGGAGCUUUCUGUCCGACCUCAUUUUUUCUUUUGUUUCUCCCUGAUUUCACGUGCGGUCUUUGCAGGAGCGUCCUGCCAAGGUGGCGCUCCGCAGCCAAUCAGAGCACGGCUUUAUCUUCCGUCUUAAGAGAAGCAAACUGUUGGAGUUUCAUGCAACUGUCUGCAGAGGUUGCUUGUUGACUCUGCAGAUGUUAACUUUAGGGAGCAGCAGUUUGACACCGAGCGGUAAUCGUUUGGGAGAGGCAGCACAUUCGCGUCCAUGUUGUUAAAAAUGAAAAGAAGCACAAGAAGAAAAGCUUGACUCAUUCCUUCAGGCAGAAUCAUAGAAAGUUUUCUGUCUUUAAGGGAAAACAUUGGCCACAUAAUUGAUCACCUUUUCAUUUCCAGCCGUCGUCCGUUUUGGGUUUCACCUGCAGUUCAGAUUGGUACCUCUAGGUGCAGACUCCCUCUGUAUAUUUGUACGUUUGGUUUUGCGAGCGGUGCCGAACAAAACGGUCACUCCAGCUCGAACUCGCCUUCUUCACUAAUCCAUCCCAACUCUCCCCCCUUCCUUACCAACUUCCCACCAACUCCG